AUGACAUCACCUCCCCCAGUUGGAGGGGAACUAGUGAAAUAUAGUGCUGAUCAGUCUCAAACAUAUUCAACGAAGCAACCUCACACUAUUGGAAGCCAAGCUUUUCCUGAUCUCAGCUUUUUAACAUCCACACCGAACAUCGAUGUCGCAUCUCAGAACUUAAUUAUUGGUGAAGCAGCAACAACAUUGACCGAUUCACGAUUCGUAAGGUGCAAUCUAGCAAGUGCUGUUUACCCAACUCAAUCUGGAGUCAGUGGUGUUUAUCCAACGCAAUCUGUAAGCAGAGCUGCUUAUCCACCAGCUAAAAAAUCUGCACAUUGUGCUGUUAGCCAGACUCAGCCCGAAUUUAAGGGUAUUAAGCAACAUUUGCGUUUCAUCGAAGAAAAAAUCGAAGGAAAUCAACUACAAGAGGUAAAACAAGUUGAACUUGACGAGAUCCCACUUACUAGUGUGGAGGACUAUUUCUUUCAAUGCGAAGUUUUAACGAAUGCUGGGAAAUGUAAUGCCCUUUUUGUCAAAUCAAUUGGCGGUGCCAAUGGACGAGAUGUCAUCAAGAUAGCUUGGUCCGCGUUAACAAAAAUUGACUGCAGAGCUCACUGCAACGUGCUCGGAAUAAAAAAGGGUGCAAACCAAAAAUAUAACUUAAAAGGAACAGCUAUAGUUAAAGCUGUUCUUGAUGGAAUCAAACUGAAUGCUUCGAUCAAGGAUAUUACAUUGCAAGAGUUUGAGACUUCUACAAUGUCAUUUUUUGUUAGAGCUCCUGGUUUAAUAAAAAAAAGAAAAGAAAAGACUGCUUUUAAUGGAAGUCGUGAUAGCGAUGCUGGGAAAGAUGACGACCCAUAAUCAUCCAGAAGAGUUCAUCGUUUAUCAAUUGAUCGUUCAAUUUUCUAUGUUC